AUGCACUUUUUCCAGCAGAAAAAGCCGUCGCUGCCGCCGCUGCCAAAGGCUCUUCACAUUGUGAAGAAGACUCGAAGUUUCUCUCUUUUGUCUUGUUUCUCAGAACAUCGACUGCCGCCAUACGGCCGACGAAACGGGCGCCUCCAUUGUGAGACUGCCAAUCGUCGUAAGCGUUGCCAAUGCAAUGGACGAAUGGAUGGGUGGAUGGAUGGAUGGAUGGGAUCCAUAGAUGGGAUUUCCGUGUUUGUGUGCAGACACGUUGGUCCCCACUUCUGCACAGACCAGCAGACAACUGCCCCUGGCAGCCGAAGCUGCUGGCGUCCCUCUCGAGGCAGUGCAGGAACAUCAAUGAUGCAGCGGUGAUGACACGUGUGCUCAAGGCGCUCGAGUGGCAGGUGACCGCCACACAGCCUGAGAUAGAGUCCGCCAAGGAGCUCGUCCGGGAGAAAGUGAGCUGCCCACCCAUCGCACCCAUAAGUGAGGGACGAGAAGCACGCCCAAAGAUGAUAUGAUCUCCAUUACUUUCUCUUUGUCAAUCCAGGUGUGGAUGAUGUGCGUGCUUUCUUCGCGGCCACGGGGAUGACGGGGGACCCGCUGCAGCCAUACUACCUCCCAGACGUCGACUAUCCGGAGACCCUCCUCAACACCCAUUAUCCUGCGGUCAGCCGACAUACUGCUGAUGUUUGUGGCCUCUGCACGCAUGAAUCGUUGUCUGUGUUGAUCUGCAGAUGGUGCUUGGCCAGGGAGGCUUCUCGGUGGUGCAGAUGUUUGUUCGCCGGCAAAAUGUACCGGAGCAGAUCCGCCUGUGGCGCAACGUCGAGGCCUUCGCCGUCAAGAUACUCAAGAAGGACCCCAACGAGCCCCCCUCACAACUCAAACACAAGGUGGGACGCAAGAGGAGCACACACGACGCGAAGAUACAUCCCUCACACAUGACACGUGUGUGUGUGUGUGUGUGUGUGUGUGUCAGUCGAAACAGGGGUUCUCGGCUCAGCGUCGCGCCCUGAUGUCCUGUACGGUGCACUCAUACGAGCUGGAGCGACUUUGUGAACCUGGCGCCCAUCGUAAGAUUUGCAAUGAAUGAAUGGAUGGAUGGAUGGAUGGAUGCCUCUCUAUUUGAUCAUCUAGGUCAUGCAGCCGAGUGGACGACCCCUGGCUGGGAUUCCACCGCACCAGGUCCUAAUAUGUCCUCUGCUCUCUGCAGAUGACGGCCAUGCCCCCGUCUUGUCCUGCCACACGUGCACUCACGCAACGUAAUGCGACGGUACGCACACAAACCAUGAACGCAGUGACAUUCUCUUGCCUUUCGUUGCAUAACAGACGUGUGUGUGUAUGUGUGUCUCUAGCAGCGACCAUUCCAGCCCUACACGUUCAGCGGACGGGAGGCGAGAGGCCGCCCACCCGGAGGCAGCACUACAGCAGGUCGGGCCGCAAGAGCUGGCCAGUCGCUGCAUCGGGCUGAUGCGGAAGCCGCACGACAAGACGGAGGACGAGGCACGAAAGACCACCAAGACGUCGAGCACCACGAUCGACACCCAGGAUGGCUGUGGCUGGGUCCAUGAGCGCCACGGCGAGGAAGCCCGAAACCGCACGACGGCAGGGGGAUUAGGAUUCGCACGUGAUGCCAUGGAGGUCAACGGUCACCAAGGUGAGACACCAACGAUGUGUUUCCAUCCCUUCCUUACCAAUGCACCUCUGAGUCAUGUUUUGAUUGUGUCUGUGCUGAUUGAGUGCAGAGUUUGGACAGGGGAGGCAAGGGAGAGCCGACAGAGGCGCGGCGUUCCCGUCUGACAAGGGUAAGUGCGUGAGACAGCUGAGACGCCGUGUCUCCAUCCCUUCCCCCUUCCCCCUACACGCCUCACUUAUCUCUUGGGCGUGUUGGCUGGCUGCAGAGGUGACAGCCCGUCAGACAAUGCAGGCGGGGGGAUCCCUCGACCGGAACGACAUGAAUUCAGAGGCCUCCGCUGCCACAAGAAGGUGCAGGUAUGAUUGCAUACCACACUCACACAAAUAUGCCGGACGGUGCUGUGUGAAUGCUUGUGUCGUGUCCAUCUCUCCCGCUGUUCUCGCAGAGGGCCUUCAUUGAGAUGUUGAAGGAGGGCGAGGUGCGCAACAGGCAGACAGACCUUCAUGCACAUAGCAGCCGGAAAUGCGCACAUACUCGUGUGUCCCGCUUGUGUGUGUGGACUGCAGGAGGCCAAGAAGCAGCUGGAGGCUGACAAGGAGGCAAUGGCAACCGGGGGAGGAGAGGCCAUCGUUGCUUACAUUUUAUAUUCCGCUGUCUCAUCGCCUAUAGCCCACGCACAGUGGAGCAGCAGAGGAUACGAACGAUCUGCCAUGUGAUGCCCGUAUUCGACACAUUGGCAGGUAUGUGCGUGUCAGUCAGGGACAGAGAUGAAGAUCCAUUACUGUCCGGACUCACUCCUGUGUGUGCAUGGCAUGCAGGCGGCCAGGUGGUAGCGAAGACGCCCUGCGUAGGGUACACGGCGGAGAGGCAGCCGCCGCCAGAGACCAUCACGGGGGACGAGGAGUGUUCCGGACGGAGAGGGCUGGGAAGAGCAGAAGAUGCACUGUGUCCUGCAUGAGGCCAGGUAUCCAACAGACACGUACACGCAGACAGACAGACGUGCACACGCACGGGCUUCUCUUUGUGCCUUUUCUUCCUUCAGCGUGCUCGGCCAUCUCAAGGCGGCGGGCGACCACAAGAACGUCGUGGCCAUCAGAGGCGCCCGGUUCCUCCUGGACUCGUGCGCCCUGUUCAUGGCCGAGGCCAAGGGCCGCUCGCUAGCCGAGGCAAGUAGAAACAAGACACACACUCGUACACACACGGAUGUUCAUUUGCUGAGGUCUGCCUGAACCCAUUGGUGCCUUUGUGCAGAUAUUGCAUAGUAAGGGCGCCGUCGCAGCCGGCAUCGCACUUCAGGAGAGGCUGGCCAUCGUCCGGCAGCUGUUCGAGGCCGUCGCCUUCAUCCACCGACACGGCGUUGUCUACCGUGACAUGAUGCCAGGCAAUCGUAAACAGACAGAUAUCUUAGAGAGAGAUACACACCAUCAUUCAGCCGGAUGGAUGGACGCCCAUUCACUCAUGUCCAUUCUCUCUGUUUGUGUGAAUGUGUGUGCAGUGGUGUACGAUAGGCGGUCUCGGCAGCUGACGGUGGUCGACUUCGGGUCGGCGGGCGAGCGGACGUAUGUCUACGUCGACAGCAGCUGCUAUGCAGCCGUCACGCCCAAGUACCAGUCGCCCGAGCUCACCACCUCCCCGUGGCGGCACCUGCAUCCCGAUACCCACCCUGACGAUCUCAUGGACAGCCACAGCGACGUGUGGGUGACCGCCAAAAUGAACAUCGAGACCGAAGUGAGGGAAUCGCGAUAUCGCCGACUGCUAGGCCCCAAGCAGGCCGACCAAGUGAUGAGCACGGCCAGCGGGCGCAUUGUCGGUAGGUCCGCUGAGCAAUUCACUCAUAAGUACACGCGAGACACGUGUUCUUUUUGGGUGUGUGUCUCAGCCUAAAUAUCGCCGCCUUCAUUUUAUAUUCGCGUGACUCAUUCGCCGCCGCGACCAUGUGUGUGCCACUCCACAUCAACCCCAUUCAUUUCGAUCUACCCCACUGCCUCAGCUUGCAAGAGGAGAGGGCAUUCAAAGGGGAGAAGCAAAACGCCAUCGCCUGCCACUGUUCUGCCUGUGUACGAGAGAGAGAGGCCUGCUGCAGAGGCCAUCGCGUGAUAAUGGAAGGCCUUCCGCGGAGCUCAGUAGACUUCUCAGUAGACAGCACCAACUGGCGCCGGCGGCCUAGCGCCACGACACAUCUUGAGAAUGUGCCAGUGCUGCCCAACCCACUGGACCCACGCCAAGGUUAGUGUACAGCUGAACUGGCACCACAUGUGCUCUGCUGUUUGCUCGCAUGCUGUGCUUGAUUGUGGUGCACCCACUACUGUCAACCACUGCAGGACGGCGAGCGGCCAGCUACCCGGAGUUCGUUGACGCCGAGCCGUUUUGGCUCCCUGCCGACGGCAUGCCGCCCACCUUGCCUGCAGCCUAUCGGCUGUUCCACGAGGCGGCCCAGCUGCUCUACGGCCCCAGCCAGCCGGACGUCCAGUCCUUCAAGGACUUCGUCGAGAACCAUUGGCUGGCGGGGCUCGUACGAGCAGCCUGGUCGGCGGCGCGGGGCGAGCGCUUCAUUUGGAAGCCUCCUGCAGCGCCUUACCGGACUGAUUAG